GACACCAAGUACCAGGCUCACAGGUAACGGAAUGCUCAUCAGAUCCGGACCGGGCUCCCUCCACUGCAACAGCUAUAAGGUUGCCUGUUUGCCUGCACUGAAAUGACGAAGGACAAAAACAAUCCAGGGUUAAAGAAGAAGUCCCAGUCAGUGGAUGUUACUGCUCCAGGGUUCAACCCUUUGUCUGGGGCAGGAAAGCAAACCCCACCAACCAGUAAACCUCCUGCAUCUAAGACCCCCAUCAUUGAAGAAGAGCAAAACAAUGCUGCAAAUACACAGAAGCAUCCUUCCCGCCGGAGUGAGCUGAAGAGGUUCAACACCAUCGACACGGGCCAAAAGAAGACCUUAGACAAGAAAGAUGGGAGAAGAAUGUCUUUUCAGAAGCCUAAAGGGACUAUUGAGUAUACCGUUGAAUCCAGGGAUUCUUUGAACAGUAUAGCCUUGAAGUUUGAUACAACGCCCAAUGAACUUGUGCAGUUAAAUAAGUUAUUCUCUCGAGCAGUUGUUACUGGACAGGUUUUAUAUGUUCCUGACCCCGAAUAUGUUUCCAGUGUUGAAAGCUCCCCAUCUCUAAGCCCCAUAAGUCCUCUAUCGCCAACAUCAUCAGAGGCUGAAUUUGAUAAGACCACUACUCCUGAUAUAACCCACCAGACAGAAGCAACUUCUUCAUCUGCUUUUACAGGUAUUCGACCUGCACGAGUUGUAUCUUCAACUUCUGAGGAGGAAGAAGCAUUUACUGAAAAGUUUCUUAAAAUUAAUUGCAAAUACAUUACUUGUAACAAGGGCACAGUAAGUGGUGUGCUGCUAGUUACACCAAAUAAUAUAAUGUUUGAUCCACAUAAAACUGACCCCUUGGUUCAAGAGAAUGGCUGUGAGGAAUAUGGCAUCAUGUGUCCAAUGGAAGAGGUGAUGUCAGCUGCAAUGUACAGAGAAAUACUGGAUAGCAAAAUAAAGGAGUCAUUACCCAUAGAGUUAGAACAGUUAUCAGUAAGGGACUCCUGCCAUUUAAAGAAAAUGCCAAGAAGUAACAUUGAUGAAAUUGACUCAAGAGUCCGAGAUGCAGGAAACGAUAGUGCCAGCACUGCCCCCAGAAGCACCGAGGAGUCUUGUUCUGAAGAUGUGUUCACAGAAUCAGAACUGUCUCCGAUCCGAGAGGAGCUUAUCUCUUCAGAUGAACCACGGCAAGCUAAGUCUUCGGGUGUGUUAUCAGAAUCUGUUCACACUGUCAGUCAGACUGGAACAGAAAGUGUGACAAGCAUAUCAGAGUCUGGUGGCGUUGCUGGUCACUUGAAACCGAACACUGGACAGUCUACCAGUGAACCUGGGUCUCUGUCUCAUAAAACUGAUUUAAAUGUUGAAAUGGCCACAAAAGAAGAUCAGGUUAUAGGUGAUUCUCAAGAAAUAUCAGAUACUAAAGAUCAAAGCUCGAGUAUGGAAGUCCAGAAUUUUCUUCUUACUGAGGAUUCACUUCACCAAGGAGAUGCUGAAAAAGAGCAUAUGCCCUGUGGAGAAUUAACAGAAGUUAAACAAAAACAAACUAUUAAUAAAGGGAAACUGGGAAAGGAGCAAAAUCAGGACUCAGAGACAGAAGUAGAAGAACUUCGAAAACUUUGGAAAACACAUACUAUGCAACAGACUAAACAACAGAGGGAAAAUAUCCAACAGGUGUCACAAAAAGAAACUAAACAUAAAACAGCAGCUGCUGAUGGACCUGUAGAAGGUCCUACACUUGUAAAAGAAAAGAGAAGACAUCGAUUACAUAAAUUUUUAUGUCUCAGAGUUGGAAAACCAAUGAGGAAAACAUUUGUUUCUCAAGCAAGUGCAACAAUGCAGCAGUAUGCACAGAGAGAUAAGAAACAUGAAUACUGGUUUGCUGUACCACAAGAAAGGACAGACCACUUGUAUGCCUUUUUUAUACAGUGGAGUCCAGAAAUAUAUGCAGAAGAUACUGGUGAAUAUACUAGAGAACCUGGAUUCAUAGUAGUAAAAAAGAUUGAAGAGUCUGAAUCAAAUGAAGAUUCAACUAGUGAAGCAGCAGCCAGAGAAUGGGAGGUAGUGUCAGUGGCUGAGUAUCACCGCAGGAUCGAUGCUCUAAAUACUGAAGAACUGCGCACACUCUGCAGACGUCUCCAGAUUACGACAAGGGAAGACUUAAAUUCCAAGCAGGUUGCUCCAGUAAAAGCAGACCUGGAUUCUGAGGUAUUUCGACCCAACCUGAGUGAUCCCAGCGAGCUUUUACUGCCAGAUCAGAUUGAAAAGCUUACCAAGCAUCUUCCACCAAGAACAAUUGGUUAUCCAUGGACUCUUGUUUAUGGUACUGGAAAGCAUGGUACCAGCUUGAAGACCCUUUACCGAACAAUGACAGGAUUGGACACUCCAGUGCUGAUGGUGAUUAAAGACAGUGAUGGCCAGGUUUUCGGUGCAUUAGCAUCUGAGCCAUUUAAAGUGAGUGACGGCUUCUAUGGUACUGGAGAGACCUUUGUGUUCACAUUUUGUCCAGAGUUUGAGGUCUUUAAGUGGACAGGAGAUAAUAUGUUUUUUAUUAAAGGAGACAUGGAUUCACUAGCUUUUGGUGGUGGAGGAGGAGAAUUUGCUCUAUGGCUCGAUGGAGAUCUCUACCAUGGAAGAAGUCAUUCUUGUAAAACAUUCGGGAAUCAUACACUUUCCAAGAAAGAAGAUUUCUUUAUCCAAGACAUUGAAAUUUGGGCUUUUGAAUAAAAUAGAAGCCUCUCUGUCUUAGCAAGAUAUUGCCCCAAACCUUGAACAUGCAUUGAUUUGAAAGAGCAAGUAGCAAUACAACGUAACAACAUGUCAGGAGUGUUUAAAAAUUAUUUAGUUUCCACAUUUGUUACCAUUUUGGAGUUUAUCUUUUUUCAAUCAUGUUUCUGUCCCAAUGUUGUUUGGGUUUAGGCCAAGGCCGGGGUCCA